AUUGGUCUGAGAAGGUCUCCAUGCCCUUAAAGAGAAGGUGGAUUUUCUGCUGAGCCACCCGAGAAGCCCUUUUAUACCUCCUUACUCAGCCAGCUGCCUGCGGCUCGUCUGUCCAUCCUGUCCAGCCAGCACGACUCUGAUUUUCUCCAGACUUGGGCUCACAACCAUCUAAACCAAGAUGUCUGAUGAAGAGAAAAAGAGGAGGGCAGCCACUGCCCGUCGGCAGCACCUGAAGAGUGCUAUGCUCCAGCUUGCUGUCACUGAAAUAGAAAAAGAAGCAGCUGCCAAAGAAGUGGAAAAGCAAAACUACCUGGCAGAACAUUGUCCUCCUCUGUCACUCCCAGGAUCCAUGCAGGAACUUCAGGAUCUGUGCAAAAAACUUCAUGCCAAGAUAGAGUCAGUGGAUGAGGAGAGGUAUGACACAGAGGUGAAGCUACAGAAGACUACCAAGGAGCUGGAAGACUUGAGCCAGAAGCUGUUUGACCUGCGUGGCAAGUUCAAGCGGCCGCCGCUGCGCAGGGUGCGCAUGUCGGCUGAUGCCAUGCUGCGGGCCCUGCUGGGCUCCAAGCACAAGGUCUGCAUGGACCUCCGAGCCAACCUGAAGCAAGUGAAGAAGGAGGACACUGAGAAGGAGAAGGAUCUCCGUGAUGUUGGUGACUGGAGGAAGAACAUUGAGGAGAAGUCUGGCAUGGAGGGCAGAAAGAAGAUGUUCGAGGCUGGCGAGUCCUAAGCACCUGUGUCUCCACACCCGCCCUCCUCUCCCCGCUGUCCCCGCCGCCCCGCUGGGCUCAGGGGCACUGACCGAGUGCCAUUUCUCUCUAGUUUUGCCAAGAGCUGCAUCAUGGCAGCAGUGAUGUAAAUAAAGCUUUGGUGGGAGAGG